GAUGGGAGCUUCCGCUUCGGCUGUGGGCGAGCUGUCACCGCGGGAGGAUGAACAACCAGAGAUGUAGCACUUUAUUCCUGAAACUGGAAGGACGGAGGGCGAUCAUACACUGUAUCUAUGUGGUGGGCUUUAUGGACUUGUUUGGGGUGAGCAUGAUCAUCCCGCUCUUGAGCCACCAUGUAAAGGCUCUUGGAGCGAGUCCCACAGUGGCUGGAAUCGUGGGAUCUACAUAUGGAAUAUUGCAGCUUUUCUCCAGCACAAUAGUUGGCAGCUGGAGCGACGUGGUGGGGCGGCGAUACUCGCUGCUGACUUCCAUCCUGCUGAGCGCCUGCGGUUACGGCCUGCUGGGGAUUUCUACAAGCAUCACUUUAUUUGUCCUCGCACGAAUACCUGUGGGACUGUUCAAACACUCCUUGUCCAUCUGCAGAGCUUUACUGUCAGACCUGGUGUCUGAAUCAGAGCGCCCUCUUGUGAUGGGACACUUUAAUGCAGCCUCCAGCGUCGGCUUCAUCCUGGGUCCUGUAGUCGGCGGCUACCUCACUGAGCACGAAGGAGGCUUUUACACCUCCUCAUUUACAUGUGCAGCCAUCUUUCUUAUCAAUGCUGGGCUGGUGUGGUUGCUGCCAUGGAGCGAGACGAUAACCAAUCGAAACGCAACUAACUGCAGCAACAGCGCCAGUAAAAGAUGCCACGAUGAACAUUGCGGCAAGUCUGUGCAAAACGGCUCUCACGCAAACAACCAUCACUCGGCGUUACCAUCAGAGACCGAAGCGGAGCGCAGAGCUGCCAGGAAGCUCGGCUUCAGGUGGAGGGAGGUGUCGCUGCUCCAGCCCGCGUGGAGACAGCUCACCUCCGUCAGCUCCAGGAUUCACAUGGUGGCCUCUUCUGACAUGUGGGACCUCUUUCUGGUGCGUCUCUUGAUGGCUGUAGCCAUCAUGCUGUACUACAGUAACUUCUCUCUGGCCAUGGAGGAGCGUUUCUCGAUGAAACCGAAGAUGACGGGUUAUCUGAUCAGCUACAGCAGCACCUUAGGGGCCCUGGCCGGGUUCCUGGUGGGGCCGGUCACACAGCUCUACAGAAACAACAUGCCCGCUCUGCUGCUUCACUCCACCAUGCUCACCUGUCUGCUCAUUUUCCUCUACGCCGCCGCUCCGAGUGUGUGGCAGGUGCUGCUCACCUCCACCUUCUUUGCCAUUUCUACCUCUGUCGGUCGGACGUGCAUCACAGACCUGGAGCUUCAAAGGGGAGGCGUCCACGCCAGCGGGACUCUGAUCGGGGCUGGCCAGUCGGUGACGGCGGUGGGUCGCAUCCUGGCCCCGCUCCUCUCCGGUCUGACCCAGGAGAUCAGCCCCUGCGGGCCGGCCAGUCUGGGGGUCGUGCUCGCUCUGGCAGCUGUGGGUUUGCUCCUCGUCAGAAUCCCAAAGUGGGACGGGAGGGCGCUGGCAAAAACGGCAGCUGUGGUGAACAGCAGAUCCUCAGAGUGAACAGAGUUUCUCACCAUGGGUGCCUUCGCCAAACGAAUCUGCUGAUGUCACGACUCGACACAGGGACCGCAGGCCUUUCUCUCAGGGACCGUGGACGUUUGCAGCUUGAAGGAAAAGGCUGCAGUUUCUUGUGCUUCCAUAAAUCCUGAAGUCAGAUCUCACAGAAACAUGCAGCCUUAACUUUGGCUCGGUGUCCUUGUUAUUGCAAUAAUCGAUGCUGCGUUGCUAAUUUAGUUCUGUCAGCAGAGGUACACCCACUACUGAUUUAUGAAGACACAAGACCACUUAAAUUGUCAUUUUUGGAGAUUCGAUGGUUAUAACUUUGCGACCAAUACUCUUUCUGCAACUGUUGGAAAGGUUCGCAAGGAUUUUAUCCAAUUCUAAUUUCUCUUUCCAAGCCAUUUGUGUGCAUUCAAAAUGUUUUUGCUGUAACCAGUCAUUAAAUAUUUAUAUUAGAAAUGUUCAGUUGUAAUAAAAAGAAGGGGGGGGACUAUCUCAGAAAAAACUCUAAAUAAUGUCGCCAUUUACAUUUCAAUUCUGUUCAAACUUCCCGUUACCUACUUUACUCCAUUACAAUCUGACUUUUUUUACUGUUAUAUUUCCAUUAUACACAUUUUUGUGUGUGUGUGGGGAGGUGGGUCCUGAAAAGCAGAUGCUAACAUAUAUAAAAAUGUUUCAUUUAAAUAUAGGCUAUGUAGUUAAUCUUAAAUUUAGACAUAUUUAUAAUUAUUAACAUGAACCAUAGUAGUAGGUAAGCUAUUUCAGGAAUUUAAAUUAUUUUAUUAAUGCUGCUAUUGCUAAACAGAACUUUGAAAAAAAAUAAUUAAAGCAUGAGUUUCAUUGUGGCUUUUUAUAUGCAUGUAGUGCAGAAGCACCUUAAUACUGCAAAAUCACAACCGGUGUGUCUUGCACACUGUUGCCACUAGAUGGCAGGAAUGUUCUAAAAUGAUCCAAGGACAGAUUUUUACAUCCACACAGACAAGUCUUGGCAUUAGGACCAGAAGCAGUUCAAGGCAAAGUCUCAACGCCAAAAAGGUUUAAGUCUUGCUCUCUCUCACUGACUCGAAGCCUGAACGAUCUGCAGGCAUGUUUGGAAAUGUAAAAGUUUCUUUGAUGUAACUCCUUAUAUCCAAGCCAGUUGAUCUCCUAUCAGCAGCAGAUUUCUUGACGCAUCUUCGCUAUUAAUUAUUUAAGAGCAAGACUUAUUGUAACUGAGGAAAUGUUGAGAAAAGGUCAUAAAGUAUCAGAAUGUAAAAAUAAUCUACCAAAGCAGAUUGUGGUUUCAUCUAUACGACACAUCUAGAACCGUCAAUUGUAUUUCCUCCUUUUCAUUUAUCCUUAUGAAAUAGCUUUCAUGUAGCAAAAUUGCACUAUGCCCGCGUGUCAUUAAUUGAUUUCUUUUAACUUUUUUUGUGUGCUUCUUUUAGUUUUAUUUGCAGUUUUUGAUUUUUCCUAAACAGUUUGAGAUUUUCAGUGCCUAAAGUCCCAUUGAGCCCAUUUUCUGAAAGAAAUGCAGCGUGAGUUCAUCUUUUUGAUGUAAUUUGAUGCAGCUCUAAUCUAUGUGGGCCUCCUAUGGCUGGAUGGGAACUGAGCUUGCAAUAGGCACUUGAAUUUACUAAACAUAACUAAUAGCAGCAAAACUGCUGUUCUACUACUACUAGUUUCUGAACAUUUAAAACACAUCUACUCCCACAAGACUCACAGCUUUGAUUUUUAAAUAUUUUGCACGUCAACGUUUGUUCAGAGACUUUGUUCUUUUAAAUGUGAAACUUCUGCAUUUUUAUAGUUUAAUCAGUUUUUGCGUUCUUCACUUGUCUCCCAUGUGUUAUAUAGAAGUUUGUGUUUAUCAAGGUUCAUCACUGCUGUUGGUUGGACUACUGUUUUAACAUUUGCAGUGCCUUUAUAAAAGUGUUUGUAUGAUGCAUCGAGAAAAAACGUGCAUGAUUGUGAAAUGGAAAGAAAAUGAUAAACGGUCUUCGAAAUAAUUGCAAAUAAAAAACUGAGAAGUCUGAAACAUUUUUUUGUGACAAAACUCUUUUGUUUCAGAUACAGCUGCAGGCUUUUGAAGAACGUUUAUGCUCUGAUUUGCAGAGAUGCUGAAGUUCAGUCAGACUGGAUGGAGACCAUCUCUAUAUUUCAGUCUUUAAUACUUACCAGAUGUAACUGCAAAAAGAGAUUUUUAUUUGAGGGUGGGAGAAUAAAGUCUUAACACCCAUGAAUGAAUCUUCCUCCAUCAUAAUUAUGAACAAAAAUAAAUAAUAAAAUGCACAGAAUGUUUAGUUAUAACAAAAUGUAAAAAUAUGAAAACAUUUCCCAUCUACAGUUUGACAUUUUUAAAUUGAAGAAUGAAUUAAACAUUUAAAUGUUAAAUCAGAA